AUGCCUUCUCUGCUACCGCCACCAAAGGACGACAGUGACCGACCGACCGAUCGGAUCCAAUCAUCAGAUGGCGCGGCGGAAGGGAAACAACGCAUCUCUGGGAUAGUCGUAAUCGUCACUCGUGACCAUUCCUGUUUACACCCACCCGUUUCGGGCGGCCGGGCCGGUCAGCUGAGGGCAGAUCGGUGUUGCGCAAUGACCAGUGGUCAGCAGACCUAA